AUUCUUAGACGUAUUUCCGGCCUGGAAAGCCACUGACUAGCCCAUCUCCACGAACUGUAGUAUAAAGUAGACGAGAGUAAUCAGUUGUAAAUUUCUUGAGUUCGAAAUAUACACUCAAUCAGCCGCUAUGAUUUCGUUCAAAGAGACAGUAUUACAUAUUUUAGUGGCAUGUGUGCUUUUCUCGCUGUUUCUCGGCUCUGUGCUGCCGACAAAAGCUGCCCAGACUGGUGGAACGUGCGUUCGCUACAAUGGGAGAGUCAAAGUGUACUGCAGUCUCUGUGCUUUCGACCAGACAGGAAAUACCAUCGAGGGUGUGCUCCCAUUACACCAUGCUAGGUGCAAAAACUGGCUCUCUAAAAACCAAAAGUGCAAGGAUCCUUAUGCUAACAUACCUCCUGUUCCGCCAACAAAUGUUAACCAAACGAGUNUCAAGAAACGAAAUGUUGCCAUGCCGCUCUAG